UUUUUUUAGAACAGAAACAAACAGAAGUCAGAAGUGAUUCAGAUUUUUGGACGAAUCAAGCUCUGUAUGUUAGUUUAAAAAAAAAAUAUUUAAAAUUUCUUCUUAUUUUCAUUCAAUACCGAGUCAUUCAAGUUUUUUAAAAAAUGUUGAAUUACAAAUAAAAUCUAAACAUUAUUAAGUGUUCAAGUUUACCAUAACAAAAAACGCAAAGAAUUUGCUUAAUUCCGGAAAAAAAAUAUUUGAACUUAACCUAUAAAUUAAUUGAAAAUCAUGAAAAUGUGUAAUAAAAGCAAAGGAAUUGAGAGAGAAAUUUGCUAAAGAAUUUAAAAUAGAAAGCAGGAUUUUUGAUGAGAGGAUGGUCAUGCAUUUUCGUUUUUGUCGUUUGAUUGAAAAGUGCACUAAUUUAUGUACAAAUUAUGCGAAACGCAAUACAGGUGACAAUUUUUUACGAUUCUACGUUGCUUUACCACGUCUCACACCACAGGAGGUUACUGACAUUUUACAAACUAAUGAAUUUAAUAAGGAAAUAAAUUCGACAAAUAUUGUUAAAUAUUAUGAAUCAAAUCAAUUGGCAUCUAAUAAUCCCAUUGAGGAUACAAGAUCUGAAGCAAAAUGUUUAUUAACCGGAGGAAUUCUUUUUGGUGUUUUUGAUGGCCAUGGUGGUGGAGCAUGUGCUCAAGUUGUUUCAAAACGUUUAUUUCAAUAUAUUUCGGCUUGUUUAUUGCCUCAGGAUCUUUUGCAACAAUAUUUGCAAUCAGUCAACAGUCAAAAUGAAUUAGAAUUAAUUGAAACUUAUGAAGAUAGUGUGGAAUUUGUCACAGAGAUCCGUGAUUUAUAUCGGUCAAGUUUUUUAUCAUUUACGAGAGAAUUGUCUGAGACACAAUUUGGAAAUGAAUUUUUAAUAGAGGAUGCAAUUGAAAAGGCAUUUCUUCGAUUGGAUAAUGAUUUAUCAAAUGAAGCAUUAAAUGAAAUGAAUAGACGAAAUUCAGCGAGAACAUUAUCAGUUGCAAUGUCAGGAUCGGUUGCUGUUGUCGCUCAUAUUAAAGGACCACAUAUUCAUGUUGCUGGUGUUGGUGAUUGUCAAGCAAUUCUUGGAGUUCUUUCAGAGGACAACACAUGGACAGCAAAAGCAUUGACCGUGGAGCAUAAUUCUGAUAAUCAAACGGAAGUAUCGAGAAUUCUUGCUGAACAUCCAAUUAAUGAAAAGACGACAGUUAUAAAAAUGGAACGACUUCUUGGUCAAUUAGCUCCAUUGCGAGCACUCGGCGAUUUUAGAUAUAAAUGGAGUAAGGAAAUUUUGGAAACCAAAGUUGUGCCAUUUCUCGGUGAAAAUGCCAUACCACCAAAUUAUCAUACACCACCGUACCUGACAGCAAAACCAGAAAUUAAAUAUCAUCGAUUAAGACCAUGUGAUAAAUUUUUAAUUCUCGGCAGUGAUGGUUUAUGGGAUUUAAUGACACCAUUGCAAGCAGUGAAACUCGUUGGUGAACAUAUGCGAGGUAAAGUAACACUUACACCAUUAAAAUUACCACGAAAAGAUGUGAAUUUAGCUGAGAUUAAUAAAAAAUUAUUACAAAGAAAAGAGGGUUUAAAAAUGAAACCACUCGAUGGUAAUGCAGCUACUCAUCUUUUAAGAAAUGCCCUUGGUGGUACUGAAUUUGGUAUCGAUCAUGGAAAAUUAUCACAGUACUUAACACUUCCAAGUGAAGUUGUGCGAGUUUUCCGCGACGACAUCACAAUAACGAUAGUGUAUUUAGAUUCAAAUUUUAUAAGCCAGAGUCUAUGAAAGACUGACCAUCUUUGAUACUUUUAAUCCUGUUAAAAAAAUAAAAUAAAAUAAAAUAAAACUUGUAAAUCCAAUUUAAUUCGAUUGCUGUAUGUCUAAGUUGUUAUUUA